UUCCAAUUGAACGUGGAUAAUUCAGUGCUGUGUUGGCACUUCCUUCAAUCUGGAAGUCGUCAUUUCUUUACACUAAAAUUGUCUCAGACGGAAAAGGGCACAUGCAGCUGUAGUAAUCCUGCUUUACGAAUUGCAUAAACCUCACUGAAUACGUCCGUUAGCUUACUUCUGUUAACUUAUACUCUCAUUGUGCGUCCUUUUCAUCAAAAUCUGCGUUUUAAACAUGAAACUACCGUACUCGUUGCUAGGCUUUGACUGGUUAUUUUUUUUUGUCAAUCCAGACGUUCAACUUCCACGCUUUUUCUACAUCGUCUUUGCCUUUACAAUCCAUUAGGAAUUAGUUAGUCGGCACUCAUGUAUGUUCCAAUGAGGGUUAUAUUACUAUUACAGGUUCUAUUUGUCGUUACUCAUGAAGCCAAGCAACCUAUCGUAUCGAAAAAGUCGAAACUUUGUGGAGAUGAGCAGUGCGAAGAAGUGCUUUUCAAAGCGAAAGUGAAAAGAGUCAUGGGUUCCAACCAUGAAGCUUUCCUAGCGCUGACGGAGGAUGCUGUCAUUGAUGUGACUGCUGUGAAAUUCAGUGACAGAACUGAUUUGAUGGAAGGAAAGCUUCCCGAUGGAAGAAGAGGGAAUUUCUAUAUAGGUGCCAUCGAUACCGGGCCCUACGUUGAAUUUCUGCGUAAUGCAAUAGCAGUGAGGAAGGAGAUGAAAGAAAUCAGUCAGGAUCGUGUAGAUGUCGGAUCUAAAAAAGUUCUAGGUAGCAUACGUGCCGAUUUACACCUCGUUCGCGACUACAACGUACAAGCUCGUACCUAUGCGCAGGAUCAAGGUUUACCUGGACCUGAGCCCCUUCCUCUUCCACCUGUUGAAACUGAUAGUCAUGGACACAGUCAUAGUCAUGGACACAGUCACGAUCACGGUCAUAGUCAUGAUCAUGGUCAUAGUCACGAUCAUGGUCAUAGUCACGAUGAUCAUGGUCACUCACAUACGCAUGGUACAGGUGUUUCUGACCAGUUGCCCGAAGCAGCAGCUCAUCUUAAGCUUCCUGAAUCAGACAGGGUUGAAGGUAUCAUCACAGAAAAUGUGCUUCGUGGAUCGAUAGAACAGCCUAGCGGCUCGUUCGCCAAAGAAGUCAACUCAGUUGCUCAGGAAGGUGUCGUGUUGGGUGGACCGCAAGCACAACCCAAGGUACCCACUGCAUCAGCGACUGAUGCUGUUGCCCAGGAACCCAUUUUGGAGAAAAGGGAUACACCACUGCAGGCAGAAAGCCUACAGCAGCCUGACCAUGUUCUUUCCGAAGUCGUUGAAUUCCCGCAAAUCCCACCUGUUCCAUUCGACAUCAUUGCUAGUCAUGUAACAAAAGAUGAGAAAGCAGCACCGACUCCAGCUCCAACAUCAUCACAGGCACAGAAAGCAGAAGUGCCUUCAUCACCGUCUGCUCCAGAAAGCCAUGCAGAAAAGAGUGAGAAGCUAACAGAGGCCCCAACGCCUCCACCAACUCCAUCACAAGUUGUUGAACCACCUACACCACCAUCUGCAGCACAAACGCCUUCAAUGCCAUCUCCUACAGAGACAGCCACACCUACUCCUAUAGCGUCCGUUGAGAGUAGGCAACCUGCCGCAGAUGUCGCUGACAACAUCCGUCUUCCCUCUAGCGUUCCCGAGAAAGCAAAGACUGUGACGGUACCUCCCAUUAUCAGCACAGAAGCACCUAUUCCUAUUGAACAGUUCGAACAAGUUGUCAAGGACACAAUGAACGCUGAGGGUAUGAAUGUUACCGCUGAGGAAGCCAUUGUCCCCGAAGUUCCUAUCAGCAGCAUCGAGGCUCCUAAUGUUUCUGCACAGGGACCAAAGAUUACCACAGCUGUGCCGAUAAGCAGCAUAGAGGUCCCAGCAGCUGAAGAGCAAGUCACAUCACAGAGCAUGGCAGCCCCGCAGCCAGAUGUUGCCAGGGACGCAGACAAACUUACGGUUUCGCAUGCGGGUGCUCCUGAUGAAGUUUCCUCCAUCCCUCUGGAAUCACAAUACUGUACGCGUGAGGAGUGCACUGAAGCAGAGUCCGUCACUAUCACAAGCGACCAAUCCGCUGUAAAGAAACCCCAACAAGAACUUCCAAUGCAAAAUUCAGGUCCAAUCGGUGGAUUUUUAAAGUCGCUUGUAGACGGUGUCAGGACAAUAGGUGUUUUCAGUAGCAUGGAUGAUGCAGGUAUCGGACUCAUUCUCAACUUGGUAUUCCUCAUGACUGUGAUUGUGAUCCACUUCACUUCAUACUUCUUGUCGGACUUCAACGACGCGAACAUCUUUGACAGAAUGGCUGCUCAUGACCUUGCUACAAAUUGCAAGUUCAUGGAGGAGCAGCUGAAGACGAAAGAUAUCGAAAUCAACAGGCUACUCACCACGGCUAGUCAAUCUCAGGGCAAAGACGACGGUGCGAAUGAGCUUCGCGAGGAACUGUGUUGGAGGAACGCUGAGUUACAAAAACUUUCAAAAGCCAAUGAGAGUUUGAAAUCGGAAGUGGAUCGCAUUGAAAAAUUACUGGAGUCUACUAAAGCUGAGCUAGCUCUGGAGCGCACUCAAAAGACUGAAGCACAGGGGCUUGCUGCGGACUGCAAACGUCUAUUGGAGGAAAACGAAAAAGCUUAUUUGCGUACUACUGAAGAGCUUACAACUUCUAAAAUGAGCUUCAAGCAGCUUGAGGAAAAUCUUGAAGAUGAGCGUCGCAGUAAUCAAGAAUUCACCACAAAUCUGAAAAUAGCGAAAGAAAGACUGGAAAAACUCCGGAAAGAGUUUGAUGUAGCUAACGACGAAAUUGCCAAACUUAAGACCGAGAAAAGUAAUCUGGAAUUGGAAAAUGUGACCCUAUCUGGAAUGAUUGAAGAAAUGGAUAAAAGUAGGAAAGAGGGCAGUGCUGGAGAAUCUGGCGGUUCUGGUGGAUGGUCGGAUUUUGGUGACGAUUUUAAUGAAGCCGAAGAUGAAAAAGAAAGAACACCCGCUUCAUCAACGGUUACAAUCCCAGUAGCUGUAGUUGGGUCUGAUGUGCGGGAAGCAGCGAAACUUCGAGCGCAACUUAAGAAGUCGCAGCAGGAGUUGGAUACCAUUCGAGUCACUUUGGAUUCCGAAAGAGAAGAGCGUCGUCAUAUUGAAUCCAAGUUGAAAGCGCUCAAAGCUGAGGCGGAGAAAAAAGCAAAGGAGGCUGAAGAUCGUGAUCGCGAGCGUAGUCGGGCUGACGAGCGUUGCAAUGAGCUUCUCGCGAUCAUGAAGGACAACAAUUCCAAAAUCAAAGACGCGGAAGCGUUGCGUGACAAGCUCCAGGAAAAUAUUGCCAAGCAACAGGCUGAGCUUGCUUCCGUCAACGAAGAAAAACGAACGAAAGAGGAAAGGAUACAAGAGCUCGAGGUGGAGUUGAAACGUGUCCGUAAUGAACAUCUCAAAUUGGAAACCAAAAGAUUCAACGAGGUCCUCGAUCUGAAACAUCGUCUGGAUGCACUACAAACAAAUCACCCGUUCACGCAGGCAGUCUCGGGUUAUGACCUUUUGAAUCAAUCUGCUAGUUCUACUGAACGUGAUAACAUAUUACCAGCUUUACUGUGGGAAGAAGCGCCGAGGGCCAUGAGCCGCAACUGUGCAACUUCUCCAGAAGAAGAUUUUCUGUUGGAAAGUGUGCCUUUCACAAGAACUAGUUCAACACGUGGUCGUAGGUCUGAUCGUGACUCGUCUGACCAUCCGUCGUACGUAGAUAAGCGAAGAGAAAAAAAGGAAUCAUCCCACCGUCGUGUACGGUCUAGAAGUCAUGGCAGGCAAGUUUGGAACGGUGGACAAGUGGAAUACCCAGUAGAUCGGUCGAGUUCUAAUCAUGAACUGAAUGCGAAUUUACUGAACCGCCGACAUAGCAGGAGCAAUCACAUCUACUAUUCUUCUGGUGGAUCAAACGAGGGACGAAGUCCACCGCCUGAGAUACCUCUAUUAAGUGCUGUUCCACCUCCUGGAGUGAAGAAGCCAAUGGGAAAACGUGUAAUUGAUACUGACUUCGACAUCAAGUCUUCGUAGUUUUUGCACCCUAACUAGACUGCACUUCUUCUUCACAUUCUCCGAUGUCGGCACUCAUGGGACCAAAGUAGUGUUCACAUAUAAUCCUUCGUGGUGGUCUAGUUUUCGUCUCCAGAUUUUAGCUGUUUAUGUACUUUUUUGCUAGAAAUGGUGACCUUGUGUUGAGGUGGCUUAUCUCUGAGUGUUACAUCAAUUGUGUGUUCUCGCUUGCAUUGUUGAAAUGGGUUGGUCAUGUGAUGCUGUAUAUGUGGUAAAGAUUCUAUUGCGAC